CUAGCCCGUGGGUGAAUAAAGUGUUAAGUAACUGUUACGCGAAGAGACAUGACCCGAAGUUGUGUUUAGUAGUAAUGUCCGAGGUUGAUUUUGAACCUCAACAUUCACGCUUCUUCAUCCCCAAUUUCCUGUCCCUUGACGAAUGCAGAGAAUUGGAAUUCAUCCACAAGAGUAGCAGCACUGUGGGUUACAGACCGAAUGUCUUCUCCAGCACUCUCUCCCAUCUCAUAGCUACCAACUCUUCCCAUUUGGUCAUUCCUUUUAUACCCAUUAGAGAAAGGUUGAAAGACAGGUUAGAGGAGUUUUUCAAGUGUGAGUAUGAGCUCGUCAUUGAAUUCACUGGUUUAAUCAGUUGGAGCAAAGGAGCAAGCAUUGGAUGGCAUAGUGAUGAUAACAGGCCCUAUCUCAAACAACGCCAUUUCUCAGCAGUGUGCUAUUUAAAUACUUAUGGCAAGGAUUUCAGUGGUGGGAUAUUUCAUUUCCAGGAUGGUGAGCCCAAGUCAAUUAUGCCAAAGGCCGGGGAUGUUGUGAUGUACACAGCAGAUCACCAUAACAUUCAUUCUGUUGAUGAGAUAACUGAAGGAGAAAGGCUCACAGUUGCUUUGUGGUUCAGUCGUGAUGGCUCCCAUGAUGAGGACAAGAAGCUCAUUUCCCUUCUUUCACAACACCUAUUGCAUAAGAACGUGGCUGAUUCAUACUUACCUUUGCCAGCAUCCGGUAAUAUGUACUGGUUUUCUCAUGGCCAAGCGUCUGAUUGCCAGUUCGGUUUUAAUAUAUGCUGGGCUAGACUGCAUGUUCUUGGAUAUGACAUAUAUAUUUCUCAAGACAGUGGUGGUGACUCCGAUGUCUCUGACUUACUGGUAAAGCCUGUGCAUUUAGUGAGGGGAAGUGAGUUGCUAGAUCAGGAAUUUGUCAAUAUUAUGCAUGCACUUCAGGUUGUGCAUUUCUAUUGUUGGAAAGGUUCAGCUUUACUGGACAAGGUAUCAAAUACAGAUUCCAAGGUAGUAAAAGUGACAAAUGUGCAGAGAGAGAAAAUCAGUGAUCUGAACUCUGUACUUUCAAAUAAUGAAGAUUUUGCUUCCAAAGUUUUCUGUAAUAUGCUUUCAGAAGAAAAUAGAUCCAUUUGCUUUGACUGGUCAGGAAUUCUGGCUGCAGUAGCUGCUUGGGAAGAUUACGCAUUGAACUUAAGCCAAAAAAUUCAUUUACAGUUUCCUUACUGGAAAAUUCAUGAAUCCAUCUACAAUGUGCAAUUAGAUGAGCAGUGUCCAUGUUCAACCAAUAAAAGGUAACCAACACAUGCAAUUGAGCUUGGGUUAAAAAUUUGGAAAAAGGCACCGGUUAAACAACUAGAAGAUAGUUUGUGAAGGUUUGUUUUGAUAGAGCUCUAUUCGAGUCAUUGUGCUCUGAGAGAGUUUUAAGGCGAAGCUGCUUGGGGAGAAAUGAGAAAUACGACUAACAGAUGUUUCAAGAUUUAUCAUAAAUGUAAGUGUUUAUGCAUACAUACUUUAUGUCGAUGGGGUUAGCCUCUGUUAUUAGGACUGGGAGUAUCCUACUAACUGGAACACUCUUGGAUUUUUUGGCAUCAAUAUUCAAUACUAGGUUGUAUAAACUACAAACCACUGUAUGCCUUUGUUUCUUAAAUAACUGUAGCACGAGUUUGGGAAUAAUUAACAUAUUACAAGGUCA